UUUUUUUUAGUUUGUCUUGCGGAAUCAAGGUCACGGGUCACGAUGUCGCGCGUUAGAGCGGAUGAGAUACGGCGAUUGUACAGGCAUGCAAGAGAACCAUCAACCCUGUGCCAUAACAUGGACCCCGUCAUCUCGGCUAGGGACUCCGUGCUGCCUGAUCAACCACAUCGUGUGGUCAUCCCCAACGAAAGCUCUCUGUCAACAACUCCGUUUACAGCAUGCUACAACACGUCCUGAUAUCUAGACUACACCACCAAAAUGUCUGAGAUGGGUUUGUCCUCAAGAUUCUCGGUUUCUUGAUCCAACACCAGGCUCACCAGCAAACCUUGAGAUUAUGCCGAACGCCCUCUGACGACAUCCAACAAGCGCUAUCGACUCCAGUACUAGGGUUCCCCGGCAACGCGAUGCCUUCAUAUUUAUGUCGACACAGUAAACUUGCUGGGUAGAGACUCGGACCUCCGUACUUCCCUGGAGGAAGUCACGCUCCGUCCAGCUGUACAAGUAACUUCAAGUCUUCAAGCCGCAGUGACAGUGACGCAACCCACCCCAGCAACACUCACUUCAACCAACAACCACCAACCUGAACAUCUGAUCCGUGCUCGGACGUCUUAUUCUCUCCCUUUAGCCCUAGAGGUAGAUAUGAGUCUCUUCAGACCUGCUCACCACCGAAGUCUUCUCAAUCACACCUCCCGGUUGCUCCAAAAGCCUCACCAAAUCACAAUCAAACAUCCUUCCUACCUGAAAAUGAGUUUCCGCGAUUACUCCAACAUCGAAACCCCUGCGUCGUGCUACGUAGACUUUUGCUUGAUUCCGGUUGGCACAGGCAACGUAUCCGUCGCCAAGGAGGUGGCUGAGGUGCAGAGGGUGUUGGCAGCCAGCGGGUUAAAGUCCACAAUGCACUCGGCUGGUACUACUGUUGAAGGAUCCUGGGAUGAGGUAAUGAAAGUCAUCGGCCAAGUCCACGCGGUUGUUCACCAGGGAGGCGUGAAGCGGGUACAAACGUCUAUGCGGGUUGGGACUCGAAUCGACAAGAAACAGACGGCUGAAGACAAGGUGAAGAGAGUGCAAGCAAUCUUGUCUGAGGAUCAAAAGGGGGAGUCGUCUGCUUAGUUACCUCUACAUUGAUUUACAUUCUCAUCUCAGCUCCAAGUCAUGCUAUGACUUUUAAUCGCUUGGCCAUCCGUUUCUCUUAUGUUCGGAGCCUAUGCAUGCAAUCACCGUCAGAGAACCCUGAUACUAACCAAGCUCUUUCCUACCAACCGAUGCAGAACAGCGGAUUCGCUAUGCUGGGAAGGCCGCUUUUGUCACAAUGUUCCGCGCGCUCCUGCGAUAUGAGGCAGAGGGAUAUAGAAGGGAAUGGAUAGAGGAGAGAAUCCUGCGAUGGUCUUUGGACGAGGACGAACACAAUACCUGCACACACCAACAGGGCUCGCACAUCAUAGACACCACGCUUCAUGUCUUUCAUAUCAGUAUUUUUUUUUAAAUUCACACUUUACUCAUCACCCCAUCUCCACAUUAUUUUUAUACAUACUUGUACAACAUACAGACGCAUAUACACGUUACUAUUAGUAUACUUUGAUCGUAGCCUCCGUCAUCAUCCCUAG